UUGAAGCAUCGAGAUCAUCGAACAGGGAGAAAUAAAAAAAAAAAAACGCCUAUUUUAAAGCUCCUCUGCUCCACCGUCGGUUCGUUUCACACUCACUCCCCAUUCUCUCUCUAAACUCUGAUCUCUUAACAAAACCCUAAGGAUGAGUUGUCUCUCCACUUCGUUGGUCUCAACCAAGAAUUUCUCAGUCCAGUCAUCAUUCGGCGCACCCUUGAAAUCAGUGGACCAAUGUCUGGGGUGUGUGCCCACCAACUUGUCCUUCAGUACCAAUCGAGCGGGAAGGCGGCAAAUUUCCAACUCUAGGAGGGCACUUACUGUUCAAGCAGGGUAUAGUGAUGACGGAAUACCUAUCAGUGGCGCAUUUGUUGGUGGCUUUAUUUUGGGAGGAUUACUCGCUGGCUCCCUCGGUUGUAUAUGUGCCCCUCAGAUUAGUAGAGCACUAGCUGGAGCUGACAAACAGGAUUUAAUGAGGAAACUGCCCAAAUUCAUCUAUGAUGAAGAAAAAGCUCUUGAAAGAACUCGGAAGAUACUGACACAGAAGAUUGAACAGCUGAACUCAGCUAUUGAUAAUGUUUCUGUUCAGCUCCGAUCAGAAGAUCCCCCGAAUGGUGUGGCCGUAAAUCCAGAUGAACUUGAAGCUCCUGUAUAAGAUGCUCAGGUUCACAUAUAAUUCAUCUAUUACCGGAUUAAGGAAUAAUAGUUGAAUGACUUAUAUUUGUCUCUUGACAUUGAACGUGGUUUUCUUUGAAUAUGGCAGUUCCUAGCUUGAGAAAUUAUGUUUUUUCUUGAUAUGAUAAACAAUAAUAUAAAAAAGGAAGUUUUCAUCUGAUUUAUAUACAGAACUUUUUAUUUA